AUGUCCUCCCUCCUCCCCAUCCAGCGCCGUUCCGCGACGCUCCUCACUCGCGCCAUUAAGCAAGCCCCCAACGCCCAGCGCUCCAUCCUGACCAGCGCAACCCGCCAACUCCCAACCCGACCCUGCAGCAGCAGUAACGCUAACGCACCAAACCCCCUUGCCAAACAAAACCUAACUUCAUCGCAAAAGAUAACAACCUCCCUCCCCUCCACGAACCCAUCGUCUCCGCAAAAACCCCUCAUCCUAAUCGACGUCCGCGAACCCGCCGAACUCAACGCGACCGGCAUCAUCCCAACGGCCGUCAACGUCCCGCUCGCCUCCCAGCCCGACGCGCUCUUCCUGACGCCCGACGAGUUCGAGACGCGGUUCGGGUUCCCCAAGCCCGGCGUCGAGGAGAGGUCCUUGCCCGUGACGGACACGGCCGGAGCGGCGGCGCCGGAGAUCGUGUUCUACUGUAAGGCCGGGGUGCGCGCGCGGGCGGCGGCGCAGUUGGCCGUGCAGGCCGGGUACGAUGCGGCGCGGAUCGGGGUGUAUGAGGGGAGUUGGUUGGAUUGGGCGGAUCGGGGCGGGAAGGUGGAGAGGUGGCAGGGGGAUGAUUGAUUUCUUUUGAUUCUGG